ACUGUCGUAAAAGGGGGCGGGACGCGCCGCGUUCGAGAUGGUCGUAAAAUGGGCGGGAUGCGUCUCACUCGGGCCUGACGCAGAGGAGGCGCGGGUUGCCCCGGCUGGCGGCUGGCUGGGCGCGACCACCAUGGAGCGCUACGGUGGCGCCUUCGAAGAGGCGGUAGAUGGGGCCCGGCAGCAGGAGCGGCACUACCAGCUGCUAUCUGCACUACAGAGCCUAGUUAAAGAGCUUCCCAGCUCUUUCCAGCAGCGCCUGUCCUACACCACGCUCAGCGACCUGGCCCUGGCGCUUCUUGACGGCACCGUGUUCGAGAUCGUGCAGGGGCUGCUGGAGAUCCAGCACCUCACCGAGAAGAGCCUGUACAAUCAGCGCCUGCGGCUACAGAAUGAGCACCGAGGGUCAGUUCCCCUUCCAGCGGCGCAGAGCCCCACACCACCCCUGCCCCCUCACCCGCACUAUGCCCUGUGUCACCCUUUGGAACCAAGAACUUCUUCACUCGAGCCACACCCUCAGCCCUUGGCUCCUCCCAGGCGUACCCACUCGGGGGGUCUCCGGAGCCCCUUCCUGCAAGGUAUGCUGGGCAGCUCUCCCUGCCCCCAUGAGAUUUCCUACCUUUGUUAUUGUAUUUUUACCAAACUUACUUAUUUAAAAAAAAAAAAAAAAAAAAAGUUAAAAUAUUUAGUAACGUUGGAAGAAUAAUGUAUACCUGUAUCCCCUCCAGGUAGAUUCAAUAAUUAACAUUUUGCCGAAGUUCUUAAUACCUCUAAAUAUAUAUGCAACACCAUAGGGUUUCACCCUGGAUCUUCAGCAUUCCUCUAGACUGGUGUUUUCUAACACAGCACUGUUAUUUGUGGCUGAACAAGUCUUAAUGGUGAGACAGUGUCUUGUGCAUUGCAGGAUGUUUAGCAGCAUCCGUGGCUUUUACUCAUUAGAUGACAGUGGCAUAUUCCUCCAGUGACAGCCAAAAAUGUCUCCAGACAUCAUUGGGGGUCAACUUUGGCCCAGGAUUGAGAACCAGUGCCCUAGAACAAGAACACUCCAACGUGACCAGGGACAGCAUCCUGAGAAUUUAAUCAUUCCAGGGUGUCUUCUGACCUUCAGUCCACAGUCACAUUACCCAACUUGUCACAGACUGUAAGGACAGUGUAGGUUUAUGCAUUGCAUUUGGUUACUUUGGUCUCUGCUCCUGGAAUAGUCUCAAAACGUUUACUAUGGCAUUGACUUUUUGAAGAGAAUGCCCCCAUGCUGGGUCUGUCAGAUUGCUUCCUCAUGCUGUUAUUUAACCAUUUCUCCACCCUGUUUCCUGUAAACUGGACAGCAGUUGCAGACCCAAUGAUAUGCAACUUAAACGUUUAUGGCAGAAAUUAGCAUUUCUCUCAGAAAUCGACAUUGGAUUUUGUUGAAUCCCUUUUUCUAUAUCUGUUGACAUGAUCAUGCGGCUUUUUGGUUACUAUGGUGAAUUACACUGAUGUUUGUAAUUCCUGGGAUAAAUCCUAGUUGGUCAGGAUGUAUUAUCCUUUUUGUCUAUGUUGGAUUUGAUUUGCUAAAAUCUUGUUAAGAAUUUUUGCUUCUGUGUUCAUAAUGAACAUUGAUCUGUAGUUUUUUAUAAUGCCUUUGCAUGGGGUAUUAGGGUAAGGCUGGCUUCAUAGGAUGAGUUGGGAAGCGUUCUCUUCAGGUUUUUAAGUUUUUAUAGAAUUGGUGUUACAUUUUCCCUGCUGUUGGAGUGGUUGUCUUUGUAAACAUUUCCACUGAGGUGUAAAAUGCAUACAGUCAAAAAUCCAAA